AUGCUGAGAAGUGCAACCCGGGAGCUGAGGCGAGGGUGGCACUUGUCGCAAAACGUGACAAUCCAAACCAAGUCCGCUUCGCACCUAAACUCAGCCCAAGCCCGCCGAUAUGUGUCCUCUGUGGACGCACUCGAGACCGCCAUAAUCAACGGCCGUCGUGUUGAGGACAAUCAAAAGCGGCGCAAGAAAGUGCUGCCCAAGCGCUUGUACGAUCCGGAGAAUGCCUUCAAGUUCUCAGACCUCAAUCAAGACAAUGGGCGCGGGCGGAUUGAGCGACGGCUGAGGAUGCUCAAAGGCUGGGUAGAGCAAAGUCCUGCAGUUCUACUUCGUAAAUAUCUUGCCCUGGAACAACCGUCUCGAGAAACGCUCUUAGAAAUUGCCGCCAUCCGAACUGUGCGCCUUCCGGUCGUCGUGAUUCAAAUGCACCUUCGACGUCAGGUAGAAGCCGACCCCGAAAACAACCGAGAUCUUGCCCAAGCGCUGCCGAACGAGUCGGAGUGGGAAGCACUGAUGAAGACCCUCGAAUACAGCGGGAAUACAGAGGAGCGACUUAACGAAUACAUGAGCAUACUUUUGGCCAAAACCGACGAAGACCGAUGCCGACUAUUCUUGGCAGAUAUGUCGCCGAAACCCGUCUUCAUGCUGAAUUAUCUGCUAAGAUUAGGAUCGGGCAUUAACAAAAUCUCGACUUUGGACCACCUUUUGGAGUAUGUUCAAGAACGGCUACGUGGUACGACUGAGAAGGCUCGCAAGAUGUCUUGGGGUAGAGGGCGUGCAAGCAGUGAGAUGGAAAGAUUCACGACAGAAGAUUUCAUGAUCAUCAUGGAACGACUUGCUUUCCACUGUCGUCGCAUAGAAGCAAGGCGCCUGAUUGUGCUUGCCGAUAUAAUGGCGGAAUUUAUUUUCAACUACGAGAUAGGUUCUGCCGAACAGACGUACUGGAUGAGAUGCAAAUACUUCAAUGCCGGCCUGACCGCUAUUGCCCGGAAUAGCGGAUCCGGGCCGCAGCAUGCGUCUGUACCCUAUGCGUACGUCUGGGAGGCUCAGCGUACUCUUCUGAGAAUGUCGGGCAGUCUCCCGGAAGCCCUUUUGGUAGACAGAAAUGCGUUCCGCGCAAUCAGAGCUGUGCUGUCCGGGAUGCCAAAGAAUAGGGACGAGAUCCACAACGCUACACGCUAUUCAAAGUCAUGGCCGCCAUAUCUACAGCCAGCAGACGGUAUGGACGAGGCCAUGGAAGCAGAAGAGAGCUGGUCUCGCGUUGUCCGGGCAGGGAUGAUGAUGCAGGAAGCAGGAUUCUCCAAACAGGAGACUGACAGCGCAUUGGAUAUUCUGCUAGGCUUGACCCCUAGUGGUACUCCAGCAAUUCAGCAGCAGGUCAAAGUAGACCCGAAGCAAGACCUUUCGGCUUGGCAAGCAUCAAUCAUUGCUACACGCAACGCUCAUGAAGCGUGGAAGCAGUUCUGCCAACCACCAAAAGCUGGCAUGGCUCCUGGGCUGCCAGAAUAUGCAGCCAUGUUCCGGAGAUCAUUUGCCCGUGAUGCCGAUCCAGAGAAAGGUAGCUUACCGGGAGACAAUUCUCUAAGUCAUCCUACAAAUGUGGACAUGAAUUUGACGGAACUGGAGAAGCUGCGGCAACAACCCCCGACACCUCAAGAGUUGUAUGAGAUGAUGAAAUGCGACGGCUUGUUGCCCGAUGAACACAUUCUUCACAUUCUAGUGGCAAACGCCCAAACUCUCCAAGAAGCUCAUCGUUAUCUGCGAGACGGAAGCACGGAACACCACAACUACGCUUACUUGUUAGUACCCGAGCCAACAGCUGACAUGCUGAAGACUAUUCCCCUACCAUUGUUCUCAGCGUAUGUGGAUAUGUUGUCCAAGACAGUGCACCCCAAAGGCAGUAAUCUGAUACGCGCUAUUCGGCUCGCAGAGCUGCGUGUGGGUCGCAGGAACCAGAACUGGUUACCUCACGUCUGGGCACCUAUCAUGAAAAAUGUCGGGCAGCAUCAUUAUGGUCUGAAACUCACCCUAGAGGCACAGCUUCGUCUGAUCAUACACCUUGUAGAUCGUAUCGACGCCGUGCAGGGAAUGACUCUAUUUCUCUUCAACAGAUUUGUGAGAACCCUGCGGAAGAUUUUGCGAAGAGAGCUACAGGUGCUGGCGAGCGCUGUAGAAGCCAACAACACCAAUUUCAACUUGCUUGGCACCCUCUAUUGCAAAAGCGCCGAGGAAGACUGUGCCAACACCGAGAUAGACACAGAGACAAGGAGCAACUCAGCCCUCCACCUAUUCCGUGUUCUUAUUUCGCGUAUGAAAGGCUUCUAUCAUGCACUCGUCGCCGAGGAACAGGAGAGGCAGCGGCCAGAAGCAGAAGAAACUACAGAUCUUACGUUUGUGGACAUCAUGCGAUCACGGCGAGAUCCCGUGUUGGCGCCGUUUGCUCACGACCUGAUGCAGUCGCUGGCGUUUGCAGGGGAGUAUAGUGAGAUGGCUCAGUUGACAGUGUGGCUCAUGACGGAAUGGGCCCCUCUACAGUCACAAGAAGACGAGAUGAUAAACAUGGAGGAGUUGCCUCACGACGUGGACAUGCUAGAGACUCUUUGUGCAUAUCGUGCGUUUGCGGAACCCAUGUUGACGGACGAAGUGCGCAAUCGCGUACGAGACGUGCGAUUCCAGAUUGGGAUCUGGCAAUGGCCAGGGGAGCAGAUGGUACAGUCGUAUAUCCAGGCCAAUGCCGUUCACGGACAUGAAGAGUUGGGUCGAGUUCUCAAGUGGGCUCGCAUCCGAGAACACAAUCGACAGAAUCACCUGCUCACGAAUGUCGAGGAUUUAGACCUGGAUGCGAUUGAAACCAAGCAUGAGACUGCAGAGCACCAGUUCAGCAGCCCUGGAGAGUUUACCAAGAGAACAGCCCUGCGAAGUGGCGGACAAGGAUCAUUGCUGGGAACCUAG